AUGACGGCGCAGCCGCAAUAUCUGGUCUACGAGGUCCACCAACUCGAAAUUGUCCUGGCCAAGGAUGAAGCACCUCCGGUGAAGCCAGACUCAGAGCGGCAUCGCAGAGAAAAGGAGCAGCUGCUCCAGAUAAUGGACAGGAAGCAUGGCGCUUGGAAUGAGCACCACCCGCGCCACCGGCUCCUCGAAGCUCUCCGCGGCUUCUCAGCGUACGCCGAAACUCAGCAAGCGGAGCUCAACCGGUUGAAGGGGCUGUACAGUCAUGUUUUCAAAAAUCAGAAGACGCUGCUCGAACGGGAAGUGAAGUACAGCCAGAAAUUCACCGACAUCGAACAGCUGCUCAAGACGAAUCAGAAAGUCUGUGACGACAUUGUGCGAAGCGCCAUGGAGUUCUACGGCGUCGACCAGCACGAGCUGGACCAGCACACCCAGUCCAUGAAGGCAGCAGGCCGCGGCGCCGAGAAGGUCAGCGUGUCGCAGGCCUUGAAGCACUUUGUCCGCGACUGGGCGGCAUCCGGAGCCAACGAGCGCGACGCUGCCUUUCCCUGCAUUUUGGGGGCUCUGAAGGAUUUGUUUCCGAGCAUUGGGCAAAACGAGAAAGUCAAAGUUCUUCUUCCCGGGGCCGGCCUAGGACGAUUAGGCCACGCAGUAGCAAAGAUGCCAGGCUUCGAAGUAACAAACAACGAAUGGUCCUCCUACCAAAACGUCGCCUACCGCUUCCUCACCGACCCCAAGCACCCUCACCAUGUGCAGUCCAACAGCACGUCAAUCCACCCCUUCCUCGACUCGUGGUCGCACCACCGCUCCACAACGGACAUGCUCCGCCCGGUCUCCAUUCCAGACACCCCCAUCGACCGGAACGCGGUACUCCUCGUCGAAGGGGACUUCACCACAGCCUUCCGCGACGAGCCGGCGGGCGCGUACGACGUCGUGGUGACGCACUUCUUCAUCGACACGGCGCGCAACCUGAUGAGCUACUUUGACACGAUCGCGCGCCUGCUCCGGCCGGGCGGGUAUUGGGUCAACUUUGGCCCGCUGUUGUACGGGUCGGCGCCGUUUGUGCAGCUGUCGCUAGACGAGAUCAUCAGGGUCGUCGAGGGGAUGAGGUUUGAGUUCCUCGAGGUGCCGGGCGAGUGUGGAGGGCGGGAGGAGGUGGUGAUCCCGGGAACCAGUGUGUAUGGCGUCGAGGCAGUGUAUGGGUUUGAUGAGAGGGCGCUGACGAGGAAUGCUUACGAGGCGCUGUUUUGGGUUGCGAGGAGGGGGUAA